AUGGCAAUGACCUUCUUAAAUGGAGGUCGGGUGACGGGCUCAAGGUCAACCACAGCCUGCGGCGGGGGCAGGCACCGCACCGAGGGGGAGGCGGCGGGAGAGGAGCGGAGCGGCGGCGGCGGGAGCUGCUGCAGCAGCGAGCGGCUGGUGAUCAACAUCUCGGGGCUGCGCUUCGAGACGCAGCUGCGGACCCUCUCCAUCUUCCCCGACACGCUGCUGGGCGACCCCAGCCGCCGGGUGCGUUACUUCGACCCCCUCCGCAACGAGUACUUCUUCGACCGCAACCGGCCCAGCUUCGACGCCAUCCUCUACUACUACCAGUCCGGGGGGAGGCUCCGCCGGCCCGUCCAUGUGCCCCUCGACAUCUUCCUGGAGGAGAUCCGCUUCUACCAGCUGGGACAGGAGGCCAUCGAGACCUUCCGGGAGGACGAGGGCUUCAUUCAAGAGGAGGAGAAACCCCUGCCCCAGCAUCACUUCCAACGCCAAGUCUGGCUGCUCUUUGAGUAUCCCGAGAGCUCCGGGCCGGCCCGGGCCAUCGCCAUCGUCUCCGUGUUGGUCAUCCUCAUCUCCAUCGUCAUCUUCUGCCUGGAGACCUUGCCUGAAUUUCGCCAGGAGCCCAAGGGUGCCCAGCCCGGUUUUGGGGAGGCGGCGGCGCAUCCCGGCGACGAGGCACUGCUGCUGCCACCGCCGCCGCCACCCAGCGGGACUCCGCAGCCCCUGCGCCCUGCUGCAGGCGCCGGUCCCUUCUUCACCGACCCCUUCUUCCUCAUCGAGACCCUGUGCAUCAUCUGGUUCUCCUUUGAGCUCCUCGUCCGCUUCUUCGCCUGCCCCAGCAAGCCCGAGUUCUCCCGCAACAUCAUGAACAUCAUCGACAUCGUGGCCAUCAUCCCCUACUUCAUCACCCUGGGCACCGAGCUGGCCCAGCAGCAGCAGCAGAAGCAGCAGCCCGGGAGCAGCAGCAACAAUGGGGGCCAGCAGCAAGCCAUGUCCCUGGCCAUCCUCAGAGUCAUUCGCCUGGUCAGAGUCUUCAGGAUCUUCAAGCUCUCCAGGCACUCCAAGGGGCUGCAGAUCUUGGGGAAAACUCUCCAGGCUAGCAUGAGGGAGCUGGGCCUCCUCAUCUUCUUCCUCUUCAUCGGGGUGAUCCUCUUCUCCAGUGCUGUCUACUUUGCAGAGACCGACGACCCUGACUCCCUGUUCACCAGCAUCCCCGAUGCUUUUUGGUGGGCGGUGGUGUCCAUGACCACCGUGGGCUAUGGGGACAUGUAUCCCAUGACAAUUGGUGGCAAGAUUGUGGGCUCCUUGUGUGCCAUCGCGGGUGUGCUGACCAUUGCCCUCCCUGUCCCUGUCAUCGUGUCCAACUUCAACUACUUCUACCACCGAGAGACGGAUCAUGAAGAGCAGUGCCAGUACACCCACGUCACCUGUGGCCAGCAGCAGUCACCCUUCUCUGAGCCCAAGAAGGGGGACAGUAAUCAGUCUCUCAGCAAGUCGGAAUUCCUGGAAGCAGAAGACCUGGAGUCCAUGAAAUAUUCCAACUUCAUUCCUCCCAACAACCAGGGUUAUAAAGAGAAGAAAAUGCUGACAGAGGUGUGAUCAGUUUUGUUAUCCUGGGUCCAGACGUGGAGCUUGCAAGCUGCUGCACAGUUGUCUUCCCGCUAGCAGCUGGAUCUAUUCAGCAUUUACAUGCCAGACUGUGAAUUGUGAUACCGUAAACAGAACGAUUGUGAUAAUGGGCUCUUCUGUCCUGAUUUGCUGUUUCUCAUUACCGUGUGCGGCCAGAAACGUUCUUGCUUUAUUCUGUGGAGUGCUAGCUGUCAUCCCCCACUCCCUCCUGAAUGUCUCUCUCUGGUUUUGAAGACUGCUUUAAUCCAAUAUUUGCUCUGAAGCCCAGCCUUUCCGCUCCACUAGCAGAGAAGCCCUUGCUGCUACGUCAAGCUGGAGGGUUCGGCGGGGAGCGAACGGUUAAAAGGGGCUAUAAACAUCUGGCUCAAGCUGUGCCCUUAGUUCCUGUGCCAGCGCAGUGCCCUUGGCUGGGGGAUCAGUCACGCCUGCCAUGCCAUUGCCUUUGAAUAAUGGAAUGGCUGUAGCCAGCAUCACAGUCAGUUCUGCAGCUGUAGGGGAAAGUCAGCGGGCAGAUGCCUUCCUUCCUUUGCAACCCUUGGCGUUGGCUAAAGAUCCUCUCGGUUUGUGUUGCAAAAAAAAAAAAAAAAAAGGUGCAUAGAUCUAAAAGCUCGCCGUUCCUUGUGACCAUAUGCCGUUUAUCGAAAGCAGGCUUAAAGAAAUCAACAGGCUUGGUGAAGAUUCUCCGUUUUGUGAUUAUUUCAGCCUUAUUUAUGCCAGUGCCCUGGUGUUAAUUGGCUUUUAUAGUGCCCGACCUAAUCUUCAUAGUGGUAAGUGCCUUCUGAUGCAAGGCACAUUUGAGUAAAUCCUGUUUGUUAUCUCCGCAGUUUAUCUCCACACAAUAGCAUUUAAUGAGAUGUACUUUAUGCUUCAGACACUCAGUCCUGUAUUCAGGCAUGUGAGAGCAAUGGGCUCCGCUGCCUUUUUGCUGAAGCAUUUGUAGAGCUGAGGGAAGUUUGCAUGUUGGUAUUUUGUUGACAUUGCUGAAACCCCCUCCUGCCAACCGCAGACAGCAGCACCUGUGCUGUCCCGAGAUUGCACUGAUUUCGCAGGUCACAGGCAUAAAUUGCCCCAGGGUAAGCGUGUCAGCAUUUGAGACUGAGAUUGGCACGGAUAUAAACUUCCCUGAGCCAUCCACACAAAUCCCAACAGCGUACCCCAGACCUUUCAAACGAGGGGAGAAACAGCUAGCUUUGGAGAGAUACUUUUGCUGUAUUACUGGUCCAGCCAGUUCUUGGUAUUUCAUGGGUGGAAGGCACAGCAAUGCCUUUUGUGUGCACUAGGUUUUGUGAGAGCAACUUCAGCUGGCAGUGCGAAAUGCACAGCCUGACCUGCAGUGCUGGGUUUGCCAAAGGACCAGAGAUUGGCAUCUUAAGAUGCACAUUUUGCUUCCCAUGUAUUUUCUUUUCUUUUUUUUUUAAAAAUCAGCUCUGCCUUACACCUAACUUUAAAAUGUUUCAAAUGCUGCCAGUGGGUGAGAAGGGGAAAUGGAUGCUGUCAGAGUCUUAUUGGCAAAUUUUCCUGUGAGGAAAUAUCUUUCUUGUUUUAAAUUGAAGUGUAUAUUCUGCAUUCACAUGUGUGCAUGUGUAUGAAAGCAAAGGCAGCCAUUAAUGCCUUGCAUCAUACUGUAUGAUAUGCAUAUUAGAAUGUACUACAUAUUGCAUGUGACACAUGUAAUACAUAAACCAGACAUAAUACCAUGAUGCAAAAUAUAUAGAAUACAUUUUAUGUAUAUGUAUAUAUUAUGCUUUUCAACCGUAAGGCUAAGAAUGCUAAAGGCAUAUGCUGUGGUAUAGUCAGAAAUGGCUACAGAACUGGUUGUGAGAUGGGAUCUGUUUGCAUCUUAGUUACCCUGCUUGUUUUUUUGUCGUCUCGAGGUCUGGCUCCGUGCCUAGAGUGCUUUUAUUGUGGCCUCUCCUCAUCUGGGCCCCGAUCAUAGGGUAGAAGAAGUUGUUUGUGUAAACCCAAACUAACUGCUGCAUUUCUCCAGAGGGCCGUUGUCUUCUCAAAGGUUUUUAAUGUGCAGGGAUCUCCCUCGGGGUCAGUGCACAAACCUUCUAUUGAAACCUCUCUUCUCUCUAUCUCGCUGAAAUCAAGUAGCAAAAGGCCACUUGUCUCUGUUACUGCCGGUCAGUCUGGGAGACACAAGUGUGAUGUGGUGAGGGCUCUGCUGCUGGGAGGAGAUGGCCUGAAUACACAGGUGCCAAAUUCCUCUUUGGUUCCUUGGGACUGAGGCGAAGGUCUGGGCUUUGGGAGCCAUUCUGCAUCCCUUGAAGCAUGUAACCAGCUGGUGGAUAAGUAAUCCUGGUGAGUUAAGUGGGACUGAGGAGGGAUCAGCAUGGUGGCACCUCUGUUGAUUUUGUGUAAAAAGUUGUCUCGGUCAUUGAGUUCGUUCAGUAAAAAGCUGUUGUUGUUGUUAUUCUUAGUUGUGUUUCAGGGCCACUAUGAUGAAAUCUUUUCUGUGAGUGCCAGAGUGUGGCUUUUCUUCAAAUUUUGUGUUGCUCUAGCAGAUGCACUAGAAAGUAGCAAAAGAACCUGCUCUCGGAGAGGGAUGUUGUAAGGCUGCUGCCGCCUCCCAGCAGAAUGCCCAUGUUUGGGGUUAUUUUAUGCCUGAGCCUAUCAGCUGAUAAAAGUUUCCCUGAAGUGAGAUAUAAAAAACUCAGGUUAAGCACAAGUUCAGGAGGAGGCAUGAGACACGCUGAGCCUACGUCAGAAAAAUUCCCGUGCUCCUUUCUUCCCUUGGGGCUGACCUCCUUGCCCCUGCCAGGAGGGGUUGUUCUCCUCACCAGCAGGAUGGACGGCUGGCCGUGGAGACUCCAGCAAAAAAAAACCCAGAGAUGUGAGGCAAAUUGCUGGUAGCAUAAUCCCAAUGUGUCUUAUAGAGGCGGUCUUGCCAAGAGAUUUCUUGCUCUGGGGUGAAAUUCAGCAGGGAGUUUCUAGCUGGAGAGCUGUGUGUGCACACACACGUGCACGCAGGCACACGCGUGCACAAGGAAACUUGUUGCAAACAAGAGAUCCUUCCUGCAGUUCUUUGCCAUCCCGUUUUUUCGGUUCUGAAAAGAAAGUGCAAAUGUGGGAAAUGUGGGAAACAGGGGUGGGGGUUGAUCCCUGGGUUUUCUGUGCCGGAGCUAAGAAGCCAACAGAAGCUUGGAAACUGUAGCCUAGGGGCUUUCAUUUGGGCAUGUAGAGCCUUCUCUGAGCACCUCCUGAAGAGCAAGGAGGGGAAGCCCCAGAAUCAUCGAUAAUACUAUAUAUUAUAGAACUUCUGGAAUUUGUCGUUUUUAUUAAGGAGCCUUCAGAUAUUUUUUUUCAAGUGACUGAAGUCACAUAGUGCCACCCGUGCCAUUGACUUUACAGAGGACUCGUGGCGUCACGUCACAGAGAUGCUUUCGAAAACGUCACCUCGAGUUCUCAGCCCUUAGCACUCACUCCUGGACGUUCAAAAUGCAGAUCUGUCUGUCUGUCUGUCUCGCUAUUUCCUUCUGAAGGCAGAGCACGCAUCCUCGUGAAGCAAAGUAGGCACCUCCAGGGACUUGUUUCCAUAACAACCUCCCAGCCUGUUUCCCUCUACCCUGUGACUUUGGCUACAAGCAAAAGCACUCGUUGAAUAUUUUCAGUUCUCAGAUAUCAGUACCUUACCUUUACAGCUGUUUUCUUUGCUUACUGAAGGUGAUCUCAUGACCUUAGAUCAUGUGCAGCUGUCCUGUCCCACCCCAGACGGACAGUUAUCAGCAUUUGAAAGCAGAGAGUGCAAACCAGGAGAUGGGAAGGGAUUUAUGUCUGUAAAUCCUUGCACACAGAGAGGUGGGGAGUGUGUGAAGGACAAUCUGAGCAUUUACAGUCAAGGAGCUGAGGGGCUACUGGCCUGUGAAUUCAUCACCUGCGUGCUCAGUGACAGCGAAUAUGAGCUAAAACAUCGCAUUAAAAAAAACAGAAACUCCUCUUUUCGGCAAUCUGACCAGGUAAUAGUUUUGCGGUGGAAGAGACUAUUGCUCUUUCCUAAACCCUUGGCUGUUCUGUGACGGUGGGUUCCCCAGAUAAUUUUCCCACGGGAUGUUUUGCACCAAAGCAGGACGGGGCAGAAAUCGUCAUGCUGGAGGUUGGGGGUGGAAGGAAAGGAAGAAUUUUGCUGAGGACACCGUUUUUUAUCCACAACUCAUCAAGCACAUAAAAGAUUGUAAGCGUGAAGGCCAUGAAGAGCUGUUUUGUGAUAUUUUGCAGUCUUCGUUACUGGUGGAUUCCUGCACUUACCUCCAAGAGGAAAUGCCUGUUCUGCUCCUGUUUGGAAAAUGUUGCAAUUUGGGAUUUUUGGGCAAUUUUCUGUUUUGACUCUGUUCCUUUUGAUGCAGUUUCAUGGAUAAAAAUUCACUGCCAGAGCAGCUGUAGAGGUGAAGGUGACUGAACUUCAUGCUUUCUCCUAGGCCUUUUCGUUCAGUGUACAGAGAUCCCUAUGGAGAUAAAGAAGAAUGAGUGUAAAGGAAAUUCAGGGCAGCAAGAGACAGGGUAAGGACUGAAGUGUCUUCCAUACUGUGAUGGAAAGAACAGCAUCAACCCUAAAAGCAAAGGAACAAACAGCUCCAGUGUCUGCUGCUGCAGCAGAGAUAGGUCCUGUUUACAUCAGGGAAAGAUCUGAAGAUUACAGCAGGAGUUUACCACAGCUGUCCCAAAAGCUCUCAUCUGACUUGAGUCCAAGAUGGAUCCUGGAUGCUGCAAUGCUCUCACGUCAGGAUACCGAAAAAGAGGUUGUUGCAUCUUCUAACCGUAGAGUUGGUGAAGUUUCCCUGUGUGCAGGGAAUACAACAUUUAUGGACAGGAAACUGGUUUCCUUGCUUUGCUGUUUUGUUGUUGCUGUUGUUUUCAAAGGGGCUAACACUCUUAGUUGCAGGAAACUGAAACUGCGUGUCAACUGGGAUUGGAGAAGGAGGCAGAGAGAAUCCCAUACAAGAUUCAAAUGUGUCUCAUUUCUGGGAAAGCUACAUAAAGCAAGAUUCCAUCACCAGUGGCUAAAUAGCAGCAAUCUAUGAGCUGUUCAUCAAAAGCCCCAGACAAGAACCGAGUCCUGUGGGAAGCUGGAAAAAGACUCCAUUGUUGAAACUUAUUUUAAACCUUUUUUUCAAGUGAAGGAUCCAGUCCUGGCAAAUGGUUAAGGUCAGGCCUUAGAAGAGCAAAUCGCUUUCUCUAGGGAAUCAACAAGUGGCCAAAGUCUGUCCAUUUGACUCCUUGUCUUUCGGCUUUGGAUUACUGAGCUAUUUAAAACUGUAUUUUCAUAACUCAGAUAAAUGGUAGAUGUUUCACAUAGCUCUACAAGUAGUAAUCAUCCUGUUGGUGCAUAUGAUAUCUAAGGGAUGGGCCCAAACUAGAGGUAUUUCUCAUUUACCUAUGAAGUGUCUUGCUUUAGCAUAUGUACAGUCAACUCUUGUUGUGAACGUGCGAGUCCGUUGCCUGCUCUAAAGGAGGUAGUGACUUAGUUUCAGUGGCUGUAGGGAGUUUCACUGAAGUAGUACUGUUUGUAGUCUUUCCUGUGAUUUACAAGGCACAAUAGCCAGCUAGUUCUGAAAAUGUAAUAUAAUUGUAUACAGUGUUCCCAGAAAAUGCUCUGAAGUCAUCCCCCAUUGCUCCGUUGUGAUAAAAAACCUGUGUUGCUUUUCAAGCUCCAAGUCCAUGCUGUGCUGUGCUGAAACUAAUGGAAAACCCAAUUAGCCCUGAAAAGCAAAGUGCAGAGAGGGAUGCUCUGGCCUGGAAUCCCCUCCCUUUGGCAGCAGCAAAGGUCAGGCGUGCAGGCCAACAUCCAUGGCCAAAGGGGAAUCCACCCUGUGUGUGUUGGCAGCUCUGUGCAUAGGAGAGGGGGAGGAUGGGUAGAAAGAAUUGAUUCUGGGAGGGGAGAGACUGAGAGGAAGAACAGAGUAGAGAAUACCCUGAGCAUGACGACUGGGAUUUUCAGAAGGUACUUUGAUGGAUGCUGGGCACCCAACUUCCCUAGGACUCUUUAUCAAUAACACUCUCCACAUUUUUUUGAGUGACUUUUAGCCUCACAGUCAAAGUGUGAGGAAAAGGAGGUGGAAGGCAGCUCACUCUAAUUUGGCAGCUCUUCACGCCUCUACCAGGCUAGGACCAUAAUACCUCCUUAUGGUUGCUGGCUGAGGGUCUGAUCCUCUGAUGACCUGUGUCUUUCUGACUUCAAACAGGCUUAUAGGACUAGGCUUAAAGGUGAGAGAUCCAAAGAUGUUUUUGGAGCAGGUCUGCUCAAUAGUCCUCAGUGUGGCUGUGAGCCCACUGUUCUUAGGAGGCAACAUUCCCUCCACGUUCCUAUUGUUUGGGUGCAAACAAAACAGAGACCUACUCUACAUCUUAGUGCAGGCUAGCUUGCAGUGUAGGACUUCUCUGGGUUCCUGUGUCUGCUGAUCUGUGAGGCAAGGCCAUGCGGCUGACUAUGGGUCACCAGAGCUACCAGGGGUCCUUCUUGCAAGGGCAGUUGUCUUCAGAGUCAAGUGAAGUGCAGGCUGCCUUUAGAAAGAUGUGAAUACGAUGCAGAAGUCUAUGGGUACCCUUCAGACACAUGGCACACAGGUCAGAGUUUAGACUUCAGACCAUGCUGUGUGCCAGCACAAACAGCAGGAAUGUUAGUUACGGGAUUGCUUUGCUUUUGCUUGUGAAACCUUGCUCUGAUGCAUUCUUUCAAGGAAGACAGUUGGGAUUUACAGGCCAGACCAUGUAGUGAGAUAAGUUGUUCCAGCUCCCUUACUGGAGCUAGGCUGAUUAAUACAAGCCUGGCCCAAUAUUUAUGAGGAAUUGUGGAUGGAAGGGGUUUUUUGAUUGUUGCCCUGAAAACCUGAAGGCUUCCAAAUAAAUUCUGUUUACCAUAAGGUAAACAGAAUUUUUAGAUGGAGCAAGUGCUUCAGGCCGUUUGCUGAUUCGGACUUUGAGAAUAAGGUUUUUUGUAGAGAAUCCCACACACAGUGGGAGAAGAGAUUAUUUGGGCUUGGAAGCUGACCAAGGAGAUGGGGCAAAUCUGAGCUUUGAACAGCAAUCAUUGUCUUUAUUGGUGAUGCCAUAGUAUGUGCUUGACUCAAACCCAACAUGCACAGAGCAGAACCUGAUGAAAUCAUGUACCUAGGUAUUUGUGAUUGUUCCUACCAGUGUGAUCCACUGUUAAAUAGGCUAGACAUGUGAAUAAAAUCAAUAUUUUUUAA